AUGACAGAAAAUAUAACUGCUCGUGACAGAGAGUGUAUAAGUAAUAGCGUUGCAAUGGAUCCCAGUGACCUGCUCGAGUUCCUUCUGCAUGACGAUGUGCAGGAUUUCGAAAUAGCUAGUAAGGCACCGGACAUACGAUUGCUCUCAAAUGACGAAGUAUACCUCACUGCUGAAAAGGAGAUUUUUCCAAGAGAACAGAGAAAAAGCAUGCACCCAUUGGAUGCUAAGGAUGAACUAUGUAACGAUCUUGACGAUUUAAUUUUACGGCUUCCUAGUAGGCAGUUGUCACAACCGAGUAAAAAGGGAAAUAAAAAUGCAAUACCAGGUAAGACUGAGAAAAUGGAAACGAGGAAUGCUGGCCAACCUGGUGAAAGGAAUACUGAUUUCAAGAAGAAGACAAGGUUGCCCAAUUCAAGAGAGAAAAACCGUAAGAAGCAAAGCAAUGACCAUGAAACCUAUGUUGAUAGAGGAAUAAAAAAAAAAGAACUAAUGAAUCAUGAAUCAAGGACUGAAAGAAUGCGGCAAAAGGAAAGUAACGAUAUCGGUGCAGUAGGAGUGCAAAAUAAUGAGAAAAGACAUACUAAAAAGAAGAGGUCCAAAAAAAGAUCUGCAGAAGUAAUAAAGACGGACGAAAAAGAUAGGGCUGGUAACAGUAAAAAAGAAGGUGGAUCUAACAGUAAUAGAUCGUCAAGAAAAUCAGUUCUCAAAAACGACAAGACGAGUGAGAAAAAACAAAAACAGAUCCAAUAA